CUUUUGUUUAUAUACGCAGUGGUUGCUGCCCUUCUUCUCCACCUUCUUUUCUUCAACGCAGAAAUCUUUGCAUUUUCCCAAAUGCUCCAAACGCUUACCUUUUCGCCUUCAAACUCCUUUAAUUUCUCGCCUGGAAAGUCAUCCGUUGUCGCCGGAGCACUCGGAUCGGUCGGCAAGCCGUUAAUCUCCGGAGCAAACAUACGGAGACUGUCGGCGCGCUGCGUGACGGCCGAGGCAGCACCGGCUCCGGCGAUAGAGAUGAGCCUCUACGAUGUGCUAAGAGUGAACAAGGGCGCUUCGUCGCGGGAGAUCAAGACGGCGUACCGUACGUUAGCGAAGAUUUAUCACCCUGACGCCGUCGCCUCCGCCGCCGCCCGUCUCCAGGAAUCGUCAUCGGACGGGCGGCUUUUCCUCGAGAUUCAUCAUGCCUACGCCACGCUCUCCGAUCCGACUGCCAGAUCGCUGUACGACCUGGAAUUGAGCGUUGGCGCCAACGGCCGGGCUCGGAAUAAUUGGAAUGGGAUUCACGCUUGUACUACGGGGACCCACCCGACCCGAAGGUGGGAAACCGAUCAGUGUUGGUAGUUUGUUUUGGGUUGUUAACUUACUUUUUUUCUUGUGCUCAUUUUAGCAAUGUACAUUAUUACAGAAAUACAGCGCAAUAGAGAUUGGCAAUGUAAAUUCUUGCA